AUGUCCGUCACCGCUCUGUACAUCGGUUUACCGCUCGUUGCUUAUCGACGAAGGGACAUCAUAUUUGCAACAGUGCAGCUGGUGCUUUGUUUCAUCAUCGUUCUAAUCUCCUACUGCCAGCGAGCGUUUGAAGCUAAUCUAAUGAAAGAAUUCCAGCAAUAUUUACAGAAUUACUGGGUGGAUGGCUCGAUUUAUCGACCGAAUGCACAGAAGAUUCAUGGUGACUAUCACGUAGCUGGUACAAUGGCACAGCGAGCUGACAACGAAGCCGUUCAUCAGAGUGUGACUAAACAACAAAAACCUCCGAAUUCCACAUCUCGUCCGGCACAUUCUAAGAGUGACAGCUAUGCACUGGAAUGGGGAGGCGGUCAAGACAAUCGUAGCUUGAUAUCCCUAGCAUGCAACGACGGCACCGGCAAAUUGUAA